GCUGUAAGCACGCCUUCCUCGCCUGUGUGUGCCCUCUCACACUAAGAGGCGUCAUUCCCCUCUUGUGCUUGUUGUUGAACUAAACUGUUUACUUGACAUAUUAUGGUCGGACGUAAACAAUUCCAAAUCUGUGAUUGGCUCUAUCAUUCCAGAUGUGUGGACGUGGACUCGAAGAUGUGUGAUAUUCUGUUUUAACUUGAACUCGGGCUGAAGUUUUAAGAUUACAAAGCUGAAAGAGUUCAAAUUGAAUCACACUCAAAGUCGACUAGAAACUUUAAAAAAAAUUUCCAGGAAACAGAUUUGCCCCGUGAGUACAGAAAAGGGAGAUAGACGUUACGAGCCUUCUUAUGGCGGGGGUGGACGUGGUCCCCCUUUCAGACGACGCCGCGUUUAAGUGCAGAAAGGGAAUUGUUGCGGAUGGACGGAUUCCGUACCCUUGCCGAAAUUAUCGUGUGUUCACAGCUCUGUGAUAGUUUUCAAACACUCUGUGAAGAAACGAACAAAGGUUCAGCGACACUGGCGAAGAAGGUCUCUGUGGUUUAGACCAGCGCAGUGACCUCUGGUGGAACAGUAGGAACUCAGGCAUUAAUGUAUCCAAGCUGCCGUGGAUUCGUACGUGAAUGAUAUUUUGUUCUCCAGCCCUGGUGUGGUGUAGUAGUGGAUAUUGAUCAGAUCCUGCUGUCGGCUCACAAACAACGGGAGGCAGAGAUAGCCUGGUUUUGUUGGUGGGGGAAAAUGCAUGGCCUGGUGAGUCUUGAUGGUGGAACGCUUUCAGAAAAUAUUCACUUGGAUCAUCUUAUCGGUAAGGGUUUCCUUGUUUUCUUUGUAUCCUCGGGCGUAGUCAGCGUCUUUAGUUUUCAGUAAUGACUACAUUUUUAUUCUAUGACGUGCAUUAUUAUUAUUAUUUUUUUGAUGAGAUGGUAAUGCUCAAGGUCGUUAAGUUAUAAUCAGUUCAACAUUUUAUUUUUAUUGCUUGAUUUGACGCUAAUAUAGCAUAUAUGUUCUUUUUAAAAUCAUAUUAUUUGUCAAUUACGAUAGCUGCUAUUCCCAAGGCCAAGUGUCCACAGUUUUCAUCAUAGAUUAGUUAGUUGAGUUGUGUAAGCUUAUUAAAGUUCCUUACGUAAGAAACAUACUGAUUUCUUUCUGUUCCGUGCAGAUCGACUUCAUCGACUGCUUCGAUUGGUCCUGUAUAGAAUUUUCAGUUAACCGAAUUCCAACAAAAGCCGAAAGAAAAGAGAAGAGAUAAAAUAGUUCCUUAGCACUCAGUGACCCUAACACUUCAUCUUCGGUAGCCCAGCCCCCCCCCCCUUUUUUUUUCCCCUUAACCGUGUUGUCUCCCACCUACUGUACUGAACAUAACCCAGGGCCCUUUGAGCUUAAAAUAGAUAUUUCAGUUAACCGAAUUCCAAAAAAAGCCGAAAGAAAAGAGAAGAGAUAAAAUAGUUCCUUAGCACUCAGUGACCCUAACCCUUCAUCUUCGGUAGCCCAGCCCCCCCCCCCUUUUUUUUUUCCCCUUAACCGUGUUGUCUCCCACCUACUGUACUGAACAUAACCCAGGGCCCUUUGAGCUUAAAAUAGAUAUCUUGGUCAUGAAGGAAAAGCAGGAAGGCCACAUUUCUCCCCACAUCCGUCCAACAGGCCGGUGUCUCGCGUCAGGGACUUUGUUGGUGUCGAUUGUGUAAGAGGGGGAAGACCCCUGCCUGGGAUUUAAAUAUCCCUAAUCGUUGUACUAAAAGGACGGUUAACCUGUUUUGUUCAAUAAAAAUAACGUGUCGUAACUCAUCAACUUAUCGUGAUGCUCAUUGUGGGGGGGGGGGGUGUCCUCGCUCUCAGUGUUGUAUAGGCAUAGGACCAACCUUUUACUAUAUAAGUCAACAUUAGUGAAACCACAGAAUGCAGACAUACGAGGUGACUAUGGCAACGUGUCCCACAUUACUAAUUCCCAUGGCAAAGUGUCCUACAUUAAUGAUUCCCAUGGCAAAGUGUCCUACAUUAAUGAUUCCCAUGGCAAAGUGUCCCACAUUAAUGAUCCCUCUGAAUAAGUGGUCUGUAAACGUCCUAAAACCUAUCACGGUUGGGGGGGGGGGCACAAAUAACCCACGUAUUAGCCUAUGUCCCCAUCCUGUCUCCUCAUGUAUGACCUUAGUUUGAUCUCCUUAAUCUUACCGUGACUCGGUAGGUUAUUAACCCCCACCCCCGAUGUGAACAGUUUGAGAAAAGCCGAAUAGCUAUCUUAGCAAGACUGAAGAUGGUGUUUACUCCUAUGGUGGACAUUCCCUGCUGUAUUCCCCAAAGUGGCAAAUUAUAAGCCGGCGGAAAAAGCCAAAGCCUAAGUAAGGCUUUUGUAUGGGCCUUCAACAACACAACUCAAGGAAACCCAAUGAUACAUGUCUUAAACACACUGAAUAUAUUGUAAAAUAAAUUUUAUUUUUCAUUUAAAUACUUUGAAGUUUAACCCUUUUCCAUUGUUUAAUAUAUAUAAACAAAGAACCACAAAGCUUUACAACAGAUAGGUUAGCAGGAAGUGGGGUGGAGGGGGCUGUUCGCCCCAGCGACAGUCUUUUCCUUACAUUGAUUGCGGGGCGGCAUUUCCGGACAGCUGAACAUUUUUUUUCGGGGGGGGGGGGGGGGGGAAAAAAAAGAUUGGCCUGCAUUUUGGGUGGCACUAACCCAAGUUAUGCUACUGGGCCUCACAUGCUAUCUAAAAACUGGAUUCAGUAAAUCAAUCUUCAACAUUCAGUAAAUCAAUAUUCAACAUUCAGUAAAUCAAUCUUCAACAUUCAGUAAAUCAAUCUUCAACAUUCAGUAAAUCAAUCUUCAACAUUCAGUAAAUCAAUAUUCAACAUUCAGUAAAUCAAUCUUCAACAUUCAGUAAAUCAAUCUUCAACAUUCAGUAAAUCAAUAUUCAACAUUCAGUAAAUCAAUCUUCAACAUUCAGUAAAUCAAUAUUCAACAUUCAGUAAAUCAAUAUUCAACAUUCAGUAAAUCAAUCUUCAACAGUCAUAGCCAAAUAUGAAAAGUGUAGAAUAAUGCUACCCUUCAUCCACCCGCCACCCCCGAGAGGGUCAUUUACCAUGAACUAGUCCAAAAGUGCAGACUAGAACCGUCCGGGGUAGAAAGUGCUGACAGGGAUAUCAGCCAACAACUCAUCUUGAAGUGGGCCGGUACGUGGAUCACUGUGACCUCGGCUGCUGUCACUUAAUGGGGUCACUGGACGAAAUAACACUGGGGCAGAGGAAAAAGGUGGGAGGGGGAACAAGGGGCUAACUAUAUGUUUUUAAAAGAAAAUUAUUUGUAUUUUUAACAACUGUUUCUGAAAUAACUCGAUCUCUGUCUGGUUAUGGAAUAAGAUUAUUAUAACUUGUUCACAACGUUUGACGCAACCCUUGCCCUAUGACGUAAGUUGUUUUGUCAGCUCACUCUCUCUCGCUCGCCCCGCCCACCCAGUUGUUGACUGGAUGACUGCUUUCACGGAACUUCUUCCUCUCGCCAUUCUUUCUCAACUACCGGAUAUGAUAUGUAAUGUUGUUCAAACGUCGGUCCCGUCAUUUUAAUAUAUUCAUUAGUCAAGGGGGCCAGCAUUUCAAGGCGCACACACCUUUUCCUUCCUUUCUUUCCACAAGGCACGCCUCACUCACCCUCCGCGACCUAGCAGCCCAUUCCUUCUCUCGGAGAUUUUAUUUUUUCUCCGUUUGACUCGUGUUCAAUUUCUAUUAUAAGAGUCAUUUGCUUACGUUGAAGUACUACAAAAUAAUCACCAAGCUGCAGUUUUAGAACUGAAGACUUCAAAUGUUUAUAAUAAAAUACUAAAAUACAGUUUUAUUUUCGUUUUCAUCAAAUUUUAAAUAUUUCAUGGGGGGGGGGGGGGNGUCCCGCCAGAGCCGUGUGUUCGCCACAGGCCACAGAGGUUGAGAAUCACUGAGCUGCACCGUACCAGGACUAGGUCGUCUAGCUAAACGCCGACCUUGUCCCGGUGUGUUUCUCUUUCCGUGCUGUUGUAUUUUAAACGCUGGCUAAAUCUUGCUGGGGGGGGGGUGGUGGUUGUUCUGUUGUUGUGGUUAAAUAGAGCGCUUUUAUGUUGGCAAUAUUGAUUGCUUCAUUUGCAAAAAACACUUUAUUUAUAAUUUAUUACCUUUGAUUUCAUGGCGCAAGCAUAUUUGUUACUUGGGGACGAAUCAAGGUUUCUAUUUGUAUAAGAUGGCAAGGCUAUAGCGACAAAGGGUUAAAACAUAAUUUUUAAAAUUGUGUGUGUGUGGUUGAACAGUCCUGUAGCACUCAUUGUACAACCGGUUGUGAGAAAUCAAAUACACGUAUAGAAUGGUCGACAAUCGUCAUGGGAUUUAUUUUUCAAGUCACAAUUGACCAGCUCACUAAGAAGAUAGACAUAAGCGUUUACUUGACUGUGUCUAGCUUUCCGUUGACGUCCCCGGAAUAGUAGGCUUGCACACUACCGUCUUGAAUAAAUUUAUAUAACUAAUUUAUAUCGUAUAAAGAAUACCUUAACACAAUAGACGGCGCCUCCAUGCCGAGGAAAAGCUGCUCCCGUGCAGUGUUUCUUUCUGAAAUUUUCCCCCGGGGGGGAGGGGGGGAUUUCAGAUUUUUGGGGUGGCACUUCAGAUUUUUAGGGGGGGGGGCAGUGCCAGCAAUUCCAGUUGAUUUAUUGUUGGACAUAUUUUUUCACCGGGGGGGGGGGGCGCGUUGGGACUCUCCUCCCCCCCCCCCCCCAGGGGGGGGGGCGCACAUGGACCCCCCCUCCCCCCCCCCCCGAGAUAUAGCUGAAAGAAACCCUGCUCCCGUGGCGGACCAGUAAAAAGCAUUUGCCCCCCCCCCCUCAACCCCUUUUUGUCUUUGUUAAGUACAUUGAAUUUUACCAUUGAAUUGACUUGUCUGAAGACGAUUUGCGCGAAUGCCUCCUCGCCCCACCCCCUUUCGCGUGACCCUGCGUCUCGCGGUUGAGGUGUACUGUACUGUGGACGAUUAUUUUUAACCCUCCGUAAUAAGCGUUAAAGUAUUCAGCAUAUCCAUUGGAUAUUGACAUCACUACCCGGUCAGUACUGGGAAUUUCCUCUGGCGACUCGAACAUUUCCAAUGCCGCGAUCUAAAAAUAGGUCUUCAGUAAUCUUUGACGUUGUAAUCGUUAGUUAAACAAAACUGCCAACGGCAUGGUCAUGGUAUUUAUGUUACAUUUCCCAAACAGACGUUCAAAACCACGUAUGUUCAUUUUUUUCAUUAUGUUAUAUUUCUUGUUUUCUUUAAAUUUCUUGUUUUCUUAAUAUUUCUCGUUUUCUAAAUAUUUCUUCUUUUCUUUAUAUUUCUUCUUUUCUUUAUAUUUCUUAUUCUCUUUAUAUUUCUUUUUUUCGUUAUAUUUCUUGUUCAAUCGAAAAUCCGCCCUACAAGAUAGUUAUUUUAUUGAUCCAAAUAAAUGGAAACUUUUUAAAAAUUAUUGACAUAUAUACAUUUUUCAUUUUCAAAACUCUAACAAGCCAUGGCCAUUUAAAAGUAUUUCCCAAGCUCAAAAAGUCAACCGUUUUAUGCCAUAUAGCUUCUUUCAAUUAUUGAUAAAGUGGACUUAAUGAGAGCGAUUAUUUGAUUAUUGAGAUUUUUUUAACAGCCGGGAAAGGGGGAGGGGGGGGGUUGCAAGUUGGUAGAUUAUGAAAGAUUUGGGUACAAGUGAAUUUUUAUAUGCUUAGUUCGAAAGAAAGAAUUCGCCCCAAGAAAGAAUUCGCCCCGAUCCAGCUGAUUGUGGUAUCCACUAUCACCCUCCACACUGCAUACGCCCAUUUUUGUUAUUUGUUUUAAAAAUGCAUAUUUAUUCAAACAGUAGUUUAGGUGAAGGUAGUUUGUAUAUGAGCAAUGUUGCUUGCUGUCUUGAUAAAUAAGUCUCUUAAAUCGGUGUUUGACGAGAAGCGACGCAUUCCCACCACAACAGGUAAAUGAAUGCCGAAGUUCAGUAUUGCAUGAUUGUUGCCAUAAUUGCUGGAUAACGUCUGAAAUGUUUGAACCAUAAUGUGGCGCUGCAGGUGAUUUCAUAGAAUGCUUAGAUGCAUGAUAUAAAACGUGUCCAACAAUAAUUUCCAAACAACUCUACUCGUCAUCACAAGCGAUGGCUUUCUUUUUUUUCCUUUUUUUUCAAACUGUUUGUGUCAAAUGUAGUGGCGUCAGGGUGGUUUAUCGAAAUGGGGGGAGGGAAGACAUCUUAUAGGUUCCCCCCCCCCCCCCCCAGACAUGCUCUAUGGCCGCCAUUCCGUGGACGCCUGACUCUAGUUUCCAUGCCCAUGGCACAAGUGGCGCCAAUGCCAGAUUCUAUUUGACACGCCGAGGGAUUCAUUGUGUUAGAGUGUUUGAACGUUUUGUCGUCAGCGCAACCCUCUUGUGAUGGUGUCGGUAACCCUUUACUCUUGAUGUUCCUUCACAGUAAACCUCACCGGCAGGGGGCGCGUCACCAUGGAGGACUUUGAGCUUCUUAAAGUGCUGGGCACCGGUGGUAAGUAAACACACCCUUGUAAAUAAGCCGCGGUGGUUUAUAGUCGAGCGAUCCACGGCAUGGUCCACCACUGGGGAAUGACAUGUCGGGAUCGGAGGGGUGGUUUAUAGUCGAGCGAUCCACGGCACGGUCCACCACUGGGGAAUGACAUGUCGGGAUCGGAGGGGCGGCAACCCCCCCCCCCUCCCCCAUUAGAGCUCUCUGCCCUCUUAAGAAAAAUAUAAAUAAAUUUAGCAUUACUUAAGUAUUGUUUCCAAUAAUAUAUUUUGAAUUGUCAUUGUAAACCAGUGACCCCCCCCCCCUUCCGAUUGAAUAUCAAUAUGUUAUAAAGGACAUGGAGAAAAUAAAUAUUUACGCUAGCUUGUAUAACUAUUUUAGUAGGUGUCAUAAAACCCAUGUUAACAUCUUAGGAGUCGCUGAUGACAUACUUAAAAAACAGAAAUACCAAAAAAGUGUUAUUAAUGGUCAGUCGUGACACCACUAUGCAAUCAAAAACCCUGCACCACUUUACACCACCAUCACCCUGCACCACUUUACACUACCAUCACCCUGCACCACUUAGCACUACCAUCACCCUGCACCACUUUACACUACCAUCACCCUGCACCACUUAGCACUACCAUCACCCUGCACCACUUUACACUACCAUCACCCUGAACCACUUAACACUACCAUCACCCUGCACCACUUAACACUACCAUCACCCUGCACCACUUUACACUACCAUCACCCUGCACCACUUUACACUACCAUCACCCUGCACCACUUAACACUACCAUCACCCUGCACCACUUAACACUACCAUCACCCUGCACCACUUUACACUACCAUCACCCUGCACCACUUAACACUACCAUCACCCUGCACCACUUUACACUACCAUCACCCUGCACCACUUUACACUACCAUCACCCUGCACCACUUUACACUACCAUCACCCUGCACCACUUGACACUACCAUCACCCUGCACCACUAUACACUACCACCACCCUGCACCACUUUACACUACCAUCACCCUGCACCACUUAACACUACCAUCACCCUGCACCACUUUAAACUACCAUCACCCUGCACCACUUUACACUACCAUCACCCUGCACCACUUUACACUACCAUCACCCUGCACCACUUAACACUACCAUCACCCUGCACCACUUUACACUACCAUCACCCUGCACCACUUAGCACUACCAUCAACCUGCACCACUUUACACUACCAUCACCCUGCACCACUUAGCACUACCAUCACCCUGAACCACUUUAAACUACCAUCACCCUGAACCACUUAACACUACCAUCACUGCACCACUUUUAACUACCAUCAACCUGCACCACUUUACACUACCAUCACCCUGCACCACUUAGCACUACCAUCACCCUGAACCACUUUAAACUACCAUCACCCUGAACCACUUAACACUACCAUCACUGCACCACUUUUAACUACCAUCACCCUGCACCACUUUACACUACCAUCACCCUGCACCACUUUAAACUACCAUCACCCUGCACCACUUUAAACUACCAUCACCCUGCACCACUUUACACCACCAGCACCCUGCACCCCCAUUAUUACGCUGCUUUAUUACCCUACACUACAACUACUACUCUACACCACCGCUAUCCACCACACCCACAUCCGAUGACCGUGUUUUGAAAUGGCUCCCCCUCAGCUUACGGCAAAGUUUUCCUGGUGCGCAAACGAGGCGGUCGUGACGUGGGCAAGCUGUACGCCCUCAAACAGCUGAAGAAGGCGACCAUUGUGCAGAAGACGAAAACCACGGAGCACACGCGGACCGAGCGCCAGGUCCUGGAGGCCAUCAGACAGUCACCGUUCCUGGUCACGCUGCACUACGCAUUCCAGACAGACUCCAAGCUGAACCUUAUUUUAGGUAUACCUCAUUUACAGCGAUGCAAUGUUGCUUGCAUGAAAUGUAGCUUGCGUUUCACUUUAACUCUGACCAUUGGGAACGUGAAUUUUAUCCUUAUGCCAGAAAUGAAAAGUUUUCCACAACAAAAAAAAAAAAUCAUUGAGCAAUGUUAUUAUUAUUUGUUUGUUGAAUCUUAAAUGUAUGAUUAUUGAUAAGGUUUAGAUCAAUUAGGUUUUCAAAAUGGAAGACUCUUUUAUCCUUAUGCCAGAAAUGAAAAGUUUUCCACAACAAAAAAAAAAUCAUUGAGCAAUUUUAAUUUUUAAAAAUUUUGUUAAAAUGUAGUGGGUUUUGAAUAUGAAAGACUUUUAUGUUAUUGUCUUAUUAUGUUAUUGUGUCAUGAUGUUUUUGUGUUAUUUCAUUAUUGUGUUACCUAUCCAACAGUGUUACGUAUCACUUUAUGAUGUAAUAAUUUUCUCCUAGAGUGUAAUACUUCUACUGUUAUAUCUGUGUGACCAGAUUUUGUGAAUGGAGGUGAAAUGUUUACCCACCUGUACCAAAGGGAACACUUCACAGAAGAUGAGGUUCGCAUCUAUAUUGGAGAGAUCACUUUAGCCCUGGAGACACUGCAUAAGGUAGGUUCUGCACUGCCUGACUGACAUACAAAGCAUAAGACUCUGAAUGUCUCUUUCCUUUUUGGCAUAGGUAUAUAAAAAUUGUUGGAGGUUAGGGUUUGUAAGUUUUGUCUUAAUAAUUGUUUCAAGCCCAUCUGCCUCAUAUUACACCAAAAUCCGAUUUUGUUGUCAUCUAGUUUAUAGGUUAUUAUUAUAGCUAGAUUUCUAAGCUAAGCCAAUGGUUGAGCUGUCAAACUGAUUUGGUCUAUCUCUGAAACUAACAUAUGCUCCCAACUGCAACAGGUGUUGAAGAUUUAAAACAUUGUCUGAAAAGUCAGUCAAGUUAGGACCCAAAAGUUACAAUGACAUGAAUUGCCCCAAAAGUGCUGUAUCUGGUAUUACGGGUUUGGCAUUGGGUUAUGUGUAAUCUCCUCAGACCAUUCUGGAGAGACAUUGGGUUAUGUGUCAUCUCCUCAGACCAUUCUGGAGAGACAUUGGGUUAUGUGUAAUUUCCUCAGACCAUUCUGGAGAGACAUUGGGUUAUGUGUAAUCUCCUCAGACCAUUCUGGAGAGACAUUGGGUUAUGUGUAAUUUCCUCAGACCAUUCUGGAGAGACAGUUGAAUAGGGGUUUCUGCUGUUGUUGUUUGUAAGCCACAUGCUCUACCUGGAAUAUGACCUUUAAUUGUCACAUUGUUCCUGUAGCAAGGAGAGGAACCACCUUGGCUGUACAGGAAGCUUAGUGACCAAGACAAACACUAAUGAUAAAACUUUGUCAUUAAAACUGCCCCCCAUUUUAUCUAAUAAAUGGCUUUGAGUCAACUCUUUCUAAUUACAGGCCCCCAAAAGAUAAUUUUUGCAAAAUUAUUAAUCACUAUCAUAAGCUAAAUAUAACCCCCUGACAUUACAACCUAUGACAACAUAUCACAUUUCAAAAUCUCAUCCGUUUUACAAGACACUGUCUAAGUCAUUAAUCUUCCUUAUUUAACCUUACGUGAGCCAUGGGAGAGGAGAAAAGUGGGGGGUGUGUCUUACAACAGCCUAAAAUUCUGUCAAAGGAACUGGGAAAUAAUAGUGUUGACAAAAAUUGCUAGUCUGGGAUUCAUGUUAGCCUUUUGACAUUUUUAAACCAGCAUUUCUGAUAUUUUAUCCUGCACAAAGUUGGUGGGUAGCAUUUUCCCAGUCCUAGUGAUGCCCCCUUGAUGUCAAAACAAAAUAAAAACAUUCUUUCUUUUUAAUCCCUUCCAGUGUUUGCCUUGGUGGCUCAUCUCUCUCUUCAAACAAUAUUUUCUCAUUUAAAAAUGAUUGCAACAUUCUGUGGGGGAGAAAAAAAAAUCUAACAUUUUUUUUGUGUGUAUAAUUCACAGCUUGGUAUUAUUUACCGUGACAUUAAACUUGAAAACAUUCUUCUGGACUCGGAUGGACACAUUGUCUUGACUGACUUUGGACUCAGCAAAGAAUUCUUGCCAUCUGAUCCUGUAAGUUUUCUUUGUUUAUGUAUAUAUUGGAUGUUGAAUUGAGUCAGUCGUGAAGUUAUGGUAUGAUGAAAAAAUAAGUUUGCUCUUUAUUAAAAUGACUUGCUCUUUAUUAAAAUGACUUGCUCUUUAUUAAAAUGACUUAAAUAUUAGGAAUAUGUGUUCAGUUGUCAUGGACUUCCUAAUAAAAUAAUUGUAUUUCAACCAACAAGUUGGAGAUCGCUUGACCGGGAAAAAAAUGAGAUCGAAGAUCAUCUUUAACAUUGAAUGUACUUUAAAUUGAUCCUUUCUGUUUUUGAUGACAGAAUCACCGCACUUAUUCCUUUUGUGGCACCAUUGAGUACAUGGCUCCAGAGGUUGUCAAAGGCGGCCAUCUCGGACAUGAUUUUGUAAGUUGGUCAUUUUUAGCUUUAAAUCCUUAAAUUAACCGUUUGGUUUAAGUGUAAUUUAUUCUUACUCUAAAAAAAGCGAAUUUUUUUUUGUAUCUGCAGUCAGUUAGUCUAUUAUAAUGUUAGUCAAUAACAGCAAUCAAGAUUGAUGAUAAAUUGUAUUUUCCACUGAACACAGGCUGUUGAUUGGUGGUCUCUUGGUGUUUUGACCUAUGAACUCCUUACUGGGGCUUCACCUUUUACAGUAGAUGGAGAGAAAAAUUCACAGUCAGAAAUUUCAAAGUGAGUAUAAUUUCUCAGCCUGGAUAGGACAAAGUCUGAGUGGACAUAAACUCAAUACUUAAAAAUGUCAUUUUUUAAGUCUUUUUUUAAAAUUCAUAAUAGGUAAGAAACAAACGCAUGUAUAAAUUUCAUUGUAACCUUUGGGUUAUCUUGCACUAACGGAACAUUUACACAUCUCCACAGGCGUAUCCAGAAAUGCAAUCCACCUUACCCUUCUCAUUUCUCACGUGAGGUCAAGGACAUGAUACAGAAACUGCUGACCAAAGACCCAUCCAAACGUUUGGGAUCUAGGGGAGCUGAAGAAGUCAAAAGACAUCCAUUUUUCAAGGUAUAGCUGCUUACCCUGUCCUUGCGCUGAAUAUUAAGGUCUGGUCAUUAUUCAUUGGCUUUUAGCAUGCACACAGAAAUUUCAUUGACUGUAUGUAAUUAUCAAAUUGGAUUUGCAAAAAUUUUAGAAAUAGUUUAAUAUUUUUUCUUCCAUCAUUUAAAACUCAAUUUAAUAUAAAAACUUUUUUUUUGUGUUUUUUAAAUUUAAUUAGAACUUCAUUAUUUUUAAAUACAGUUAUACAAGUAGAACAGCAACUGAAAAAAAUUAUGGAGGUGCCUUGAUUUUUUGUCUUAUGGAAUAUAUAAACAGAUUUUGUGUCCUAGUUUAAUAAUGUUUUUAAAUUAAUGUCAACUCUUGUAAUCAUUGUUAUUACACAAUUUAAGACAUAGUUCUUAUGGCAAUUUUCAGUCCUUGAAUUGGGAUGACCUAGCCCAAAAGAAGGUGCCCGCUCCAUUUGUACCUAACAUUCGCCACGAGAUGGACUUGAGUAACUUCUCUGAGGAGUUCACCAGGAUGGACGCCACUGAGUCCCCUGCUAUAAUACCAAACAUGGGAGAAAAGCAUUUUAAGGUUUGUUAAUAACGCGGGAGGGGGGGGGGGGGGAUUUUAAAAUGUUCUAAUUGUAAAAUUGUUUUUUGUUUAAAAAUUUUUUUUUUUUUAGGUCUGAAAAAAAAAUUGUUAAAUGAAUAAAAAAAAAAAAAAAAAGACAUUUCCAUAAGAGGAUUGUAGGGAAUGGACUGAGUUUGAAAAAAUUGAUUGAUUUUAAUAUACAAGUAUGUUUUAAGCCUCUCUUCAAGUAAAUGAAUGAGCUGUGUAUUCUUUGCAGGGCUAUUCCUAUGUGGCACCAUCCAUCAUCUUCACUGAGAACUCUGUCAGUGCCGACCUGCUACACAAGAACAUAGAGCACCAACCUGAUGAUGCCACAAUAUUCACUGCUAGUCACUUUAAAGUAAGAUUUCUCAUUUCUCUUUAAUAAUAAUUUUUAAAAGUUGUUCAUAUUAUCUUUUAUCUAUACAAAAACAUCAUUUUUUAAACAACACCGUAGGACUAUUCCAAUAACUAAGAACAGUUAUCACAUGUCGACCACACAUAUGUUUUUUUCCCCAGAACUCUCCAUUCUUUCAAAAGUAUGAACUAGACAUGAAAGCUCCAGCACUUGGGGAUGGAUCGUUCUCAAUUUGCAGGUAACUAACUUGGCUUAGUUUUAAAAUAAACAUUUUCUUUUCAAAAUGUAAAGAGAGAGAGAGAUUUAAAAAUAGAUUUUUUUUAAAACAACAAAAAAAAAACAUUGCCACUUAUUUGGCAUUUGGUUAAUUUAAAUCGCUGGUAUAACAUUGUCAGGAAUAAGGUUCAAUGAAGACUAUUAUUCUUUAGCCACAGAUCCCACUGGGCAUUUGCUUGUAUUGAGUUACGUUAACAUUGCUUUUGACACAUUUUUAAUUUAAUUUUUCUAUUUCUUGCCUUUCAAAAUGACUUCACAACAAAUGUUAUUAUGUUCUGUUUCUUUAUCAUUAAUCACUAGAAAAUGUCGGAACAUGUCCACCAAUCAAGUGUGUGCUGUGAAAAUUGUCAGUCGCAGAAUCAACUGUAACCGUGAGGUGCAACUCCUGAGUCAUUGCCAGGGACAUCCAAACAUCGUCCAGCUGAUUGAUGUCAUGGUGGAUGAAGUAAGUAAUAUACGAGUUAUAUCAGAGUUGGUAGGUUUCAUCUUCAUUAUAUUUGCCAAUUCUUAAGCAUUUUAAUGAGAGUAUUAUUUCAUGUUACUUGGCAGGUCACUGACCUAACUAUAUUUUUGAAGUAACAAUUUUUUGCUUACCAGGGGUACGUUAAGCAUUUGAAGUUGAUUUUUUUUAUAACCAGCAGUCCCUAAACUUAAAAUUUUUUGGUGAAUCCUUUUUUUUUAAAAUUCAUUGCAUAAUGUUCUGUUUUGGUGUCUUAAUCUUUUGGUAAAAACGUUUUUUUUAAAUUGUUUAGAUUAUAAUGCUGGCAGUGCUGUUGAUAAAUAUCCAUUUACUUGGUUGGUAGUUAAGUUUUGAAAACAUUGAUAAACUUUCUGAAUGACUUUCUUUCAGUUAAUUGCUAUAAAUUCACAAUUUUGAUGCCAUCAUUUCAAGUUAUUAAUUUUUUUUCUCAAAUAAGUAUCACACAUACAUUGUGAUGGAGCUGUUGAAAGGGGGAGAACUCCUGGCCAGGCUGAGACAGAAGAAAGUCUUCACCGAGGUUGAGGCUAGUGAGCUGAUGUGGAAACUUGUCAAGGCUGUAGAGUUCAUGCACAGUCGCGGUGUGGUCCAUCGGGAUCUCAAACCAGAGGUGUGUGCCACAGAGAUUACUUCACUUGUACCCAUCCACUUUAACAGAAUUUAAAUCUUUACCAAAAAAUCUCAUUCCCCCUGGGAUCCAUGAAUUACAUUUUUGUGUGUGUUUGUUUAGGGUUUUUUUUUUUUAUUAUAUCAAUUAAGUGCAACAAAGUUUUAAAAAAAAAAUUGAUUGCAUUGAUUGACAGGGCCACUUCCUAAAGCAUCAUGUGUUGAUAGUUAAAGUAGAAAAAAAAAGGUAAUAAAUCAUUUAAAUGCUGAUUUCUUUCCUUGCCAGAAUUUGUUGUUUGUGGACAAGUCAGAAAAGGCAGAACUGAAGAUUGUAGAUUUUGGAUUUGCCAGCAUGAACCCCAAAAAUGAAACGAUGAUGACUCCAUGUUUCACCCUACCUUACAGUGCGCCAGAGGUUCUCAGACAGAUGACAAACAACAAAGGUGGCUAUGAUGAGAGCUGUGACCUCUGGAGUCUCGGAGUUAUUUUAGUAAGGACUUGUAUUUUGACUGGCUUAAAAAAUGUCAUAUCUGAAUGCCAUUUAAAAACCGAUAUAUAUAUAUAUAUAUAUAUAUAUAUUUGCUUUAUACAUUAUUUAUAUUUACCAUGCAUAAGUUUCUCAAAAAUAAAAUUAUUUCUAUAAUUCCUUAUAAUAUCAUUGUAAACAACUAUAUUUCCAUUAAAUCCAACGUAUAGACUUUAAUGGAAGUCUACAUUUAAAGCUAAUCUAACACUAAUUUGUUUGUUCAGUACUCCAUGCUGUCUGGGAAGGCCCCAUUCCAGAAUUCUAAUGGUCCCGACACUGCACUUAAUAUCAUGCAGAGGAUCAAAGAUGGAGAGUUUGACCUGUCAGGACCCGAGUGGACGGAUGUGUCUGCCCCAGCCAAACAACUCAUUAAAGGCGAGUGAAGAUUUAGUGCAUUUUAAAUAACAGUUACAUCAUACGGCUCCCUUGUCCAUUUGUUCAGAUAGAUCACCGAGGGGGGAAUAAUUGUUAUUUAAUGUGUUUAGGAGAAACCCAUCCGUAACAGGAGUCCUUGAAAUUUUUUGUUUGGAAACUAUGAUCAUUAUUUGAAUGUGAUGUUUUAUUUUGAAGACAUGAAUGCUUUUUAUGAUUAAUUUAAUAAAUACAAUAGAUGAUUAAGUUGAAUUAUCAAAUUAAUUUAUAUCACAUUUAUUAUUAUUUUUAGUUUUUUUUAAACUAAAAAAUUGUGAAAUGUUAGUUUAUAUUUAAGUUAACAACUUUCUCCAAUCAAUUGUUGUAGGUCUGCUGACUGUUGAACCAAAAGAGCGCAUCUGUAUGCACGAUCUGCUGAAACACAAGUGGCUCAGAAAGAAUGUCAGGUCCCCUGUAUCCAGCAUGCCGCUAAGGACACCUGGUGUACUCAGUUCACAUAACAACGCCGUCAAGGACCAGAUCAACUGCACCAUGGAAGCCUUCCACCAGGCCACAAGAGAUGGUUUUCGUCUUCAGGAGGUGGCAUCGGCCCCACUGGCCAAGCGGCGCAAGCAGAAGAAACAUUCUGUGGACACCAGAAGCAGCUCCACCGACAGCAACAAUUCCAGCUCCACAACGUCAUCGUGCGGUGCCCACAAGUCCCCCGCAAGGCAGUCGCCGGUGAGAGCUCUCUCACGAAACUCCAGUGCCUCCAGCAUAUCUCAAAGCUCUGUCUGCAGUAUGGGGUUCGUCCCCAGCCUUGCCAACCUGCCGUCACCCCUGGCCACAACAUUCAAACGAUCCACCCCAGACAUGCCACAGACCUCACCAAGUGCCAGCAAUAUCAGCGGUGCUUCAACAGCCACGUCCACGCCUGGUCCAGCCAGCACAUCACCACCUCAGAGAAUAUCACCCCUGUGCUGUGAAGCGCCCAAAUCCCCACUCCCCCUGUCUGUAAUACACAUUCCCUCGGUCGACAGCCUAGAGCAGGAAGACACUGAUCUAGGCAAUGAGGCUGUCCUCGCAAAAGGCAAGCGCGCGUCUAGAAAAAAUAACAACAAUAUCAUUCCUCCCUUUCGUCUUACCCGGGGGCAGAAAAGAAAAUUAGAGAAGUCAUCUGAGGAGAAAGAUGAUGAUGAAGAAGACGGAGGUGACAGUGAUUGUGUUAUUGUUGAAAAAAAUUAUCCAAGUCAUAGAUCUGGAAAGAGUGCAUUUAAACGCUUGAAGUCUGAGACCAUUGUGAUAGACUAAAGAUAUCUGUGUUGAUAACAGAAGGACAAUUUAUUACGAAGUAACAGAGCACCAUGCUAUGUGGCUGAUAUAUUUGGUGGCUCCCUUCUUUCAGAGAGUAUUUGAAUAUGAAAGGCCAUGGGAAAGCUAACAAGUCUAAAAAUACUUAAUACUUUUUUAAACAACUUUUUAAUGAAAGUUAUUGAAAGCAAGCUUUUUCAUAGGUUAUUUAUUCAACCUUUUUUUUAUCGAUGACACAAGGAAUACAUCCUAGUCCAGACUUUGGGUGGGAGGAGAUCAUCAGCACAGCUGUUAUGAGGAUUCCAUGUCAGGACUGCUUGGCAAGUCAAAAAGUGCUCAAUGAUAUUAAACCUUGCCAAGACUCAUUUUUGUUACCUAGUGAUACAUAGGUGAUCCCACUACAUGAUACCAAGUGAUACAUGGGUGAUCCCACUACUUGUUGAAUUCCUUCAGCAAUACCAGACUUAAUUAAUGAUAUGGGCUAGAAUUCUGAAGGCUUUUCUGUCCAUGUUGCCAAUGUUGGCUCUACUUUGUUUGUUUUAUUUUUUGUUGAUGUGAUGUUUUCAAUAAGGAGUUAAACAGUAGAGAAGCACUCCAGGCACUUGAAUUUUUAGAGUAAUAAAUGGCUCGAUCAACAUAAUGUCACUUUCAUGUUUUAAAAAGUAUAACUUUAUUGUUGAGUGUUACUGUUGCAUAUAUUGAUAGGAAUUUCUCAAUUCCUAAUUUUGAUGAAAGAUUGGCCAAAAUGCCUUUUAAUUAAAAUAUAUAUCUACAAAUGGCAAAACUGAUGUAAUAAAAAUAGACAUUCUCUGUAUAUUUACUUUUUUUUUUUUUAAAUACAUUUUUAAUGCUGGAAACUAUUGAGGUUUUAAUAAAUUAAUUUCUUCAAGGCCAACAUUUACAUAUAAAAUCAUGCAUGUAUUAAGUUUUUAAAAAAAGUCUUGAUUGUGAAAAUUUAUACACUUGUAUUAACUACAGAAUUUGUUUUUCACAUGUAUUUAGGGUUAAAUAUAUUUGAUAAAAAAAACUCUAUUUUGUACAAGUACUGUAAUGUCUUCAAUGUAAUUUACAACUACAGCAAUGCAUUUUUGUCUUCUUAAAGCCAUGUGAUACACUGUGUCAUUGUUUAGUAUAAGGGAAGGCUGGAACUAGCUGGUUUUAAAUUCUGUUGUAUACUUAGGGCAUCAGGCUGCACAGCUAAUGAUGCCAAAUAUUUUUAAUUCUCUAAUUAUUUUAAUUAAGAUAUUAUGGAAUUAUGUCGAUAUAAAAAUUGUUACACUUUAUUUACAAAGCAAUUUUUUAAGUUGUAAGGUAAGUUCAUUGAGAGCUUAAGCUGUAAGUAUUUCACCUAACAUUGAAUUAGCCUCUUUAAGCUCCAGCAGAGUAAACACAAUAGGUGAAGACAUAUUAUGUUAGAGCUGACUCCAGGAAAAAAAAAUUGAAUUUUUUUACAUGUGUGGGGAUACUUUGUUAUGAUGACUUGUCAGCAUGCCAUUCAAAAUCCUACAUGAUAGACAUGCCUUUCUGUCUUUUCAUUGCUUUUUUUUUUUUUUUCCUUUUAUCACUUUUAUUUUUUGAAAGUGAAAGAGAGCUAGCUGAAAUAUAAUUUGUUUUGACAGAUCCUUCAAGUAUUAAAAGGAUCAACCUUACGAUUGCCUAUCAUUGUGUAUAAUGUUUUUUUGUCUUGGUAAUUUGAAAUUCAUUGUAAAUUUUUUCUGACUCCCUUUAAAAGAAAAAUCAUGUCUUUCAUAAUCUUGAUGAAGUUUCUUGCCUUAAACAUGAGAUAUUGGACUGUGAUGGUUGCCUUGUAUGGUUUCAAGAUGAAAUUGUUGACAUUCUGAUAGUCCUUACAAUAAUUCUCAAGAUGUUUCCGAGUUUUUUAUUGCAGUGCAAACUCUUUGAUCCUCUAAAUUUAUAGGAUGGAAAUUUAGACUGGGAAAAACAAAUUAUAAACAUUGACUAAAUUCAAAUACCAUUUUAUUUUCCAUAAAAGGUAUGAAAGGAGCGUUUUAAAUGGAUCACUUUUUCAGGUUUGUUUACCUUAAAUUUCAAACACUAUUGAAAUGCUUAGUGUAAUUUUUAAAUAAUUUGAGAUGUCCACUAUUAUUAGAAACUAUCUACUUUAAAGAUACCUGUUGUGGUAAAAAUUAAGUAUCUUUACAUCAAGAAAGGCUCAUAUGCCUUGAAUAAACAUUUUUUUUGUGUUUUUAAAAAAAAAAAAAAUUAUAAUUCUUUGCUUGUUAUAAUAAAUGACAUGUCUCUUUGAGUGACCCACAUUGAUUCGUAAAUUUCAAAACAAUCAACAUCUCAUGCCUGUGUGUGUAAGGACUUCAUCCUAUGAGAUUCAUAGGAGGGUGAAUCAAGCAUUUAAAAUCCAAAAUAAAAAUAUUAACCUUGUAAUAAAGUAUAUUGACACAUGCUUGUAGGGGAUGGCCCUACUGUGUCAUAAUGGCUGAGAUGAAAUAAGUUAUUCAUUAAACACACAGCUGUAAUAUUUAUGAGAGCAAUUUUCUCUAAGACAGGUAUUAUCUAGAUAGUCUUGCAAUAGAAUAAUUUUUUUUUUUAUUUGGCAUAAUUAUUUAAUGUAUAAAUGAAGCUAUACAUAGGACUGGUUCUAUGGCCUCCAAUGUUAUUGUCAUGUUCAUGAUUGAAAAUGUUACUCUUCUAUGAUAUGAGAAGUUUGUGUUUAUUCGCUUUUUAAUGAACAUUCCCAUUCAAAUUUAAUCAUUGCCAUAUGUAUCCCAAGGAAUCGGAUACUUCCUUACUGACUUGA